AUGGGAGGACACUUGUCGCAUUUGGAGAGAGAAGUACACCCGGAGAAGUUGGAUGCGUCGUGUGGUCCGAUCAGAGGGAAUAUUUAUAAACAUGACGACAAAAUCGUGGAUGGCUAUCUUGGAAUCCCUUAUGCGAAGCCUCCCGUUGGAGAGCUUCGAUUCAAGAAACCAGUACCUGCUGGUGUCUGGACAGAGACCAAAGAUUGCACGAAAUACGGUCCAAGAUGUCCACAGUCCGGUGCAUUUCCAGAAAUGAUUAAAUUCGAAAAACCAGAUAUUCCUGAUGAGGCUAACUGUCUUACUCUGAAUGUGUUCGCUCCACGCUGGGAAUCCCAGGAGUUUGGAAACAAGCGGCCAGUUAUGAUUUAUGUUCACGGCGGAGGUUUUGAGUUGUCCGCUUCAAGAGAUUACUGUGACUAUUCGGUGUCUGGAACACUCCCAUUGAAAGAUGUGAUCAUGGUAACCAUCAACUAUCGAGUUGGAAUUCUUGGCUUCUUCACUACUGGAGAUGACGAAUGCCGUGGAAAUUUUGGGCUUUGGGAUCAGACAUUGGCCCUGAAAUGGGUUCAGAGACAUAUAUCGUCUUUUGGUGGUGACCCAAAUAAUGUGACUGUUUUUGGACAGAGUGCAGGAGGAGUUAGUGUGGAUCUGCUGUCAUUGAGUCCCCACUCAAGAGAUCUCUUCCACAAAGUGGUUCCAAUGUCUGGAAAUGCUCUCACUGAGUUCGCUUGCAGAACACCUAAAAAUGAAGCCAAAGCAUGCAUUGAGUACCUUCGCCAUAUAGGUUACACUGGGUCUAAAGACUCCAAAGAAAUUCUGAAUUGGCUGAAGAACAAGCCAAUUGAAGAGAUGGAUAAACUGAGUGGAUACCAACUCCCAAUCACUGGAUACUUCAUCUAUCAACCAAAUUUGGAUGGAGAUUUUCUUCCGAAACCAUUGGAUGAGCUCAGGAAAGAAGCGCCAAAGAAAUCUGGGAUGGUUGGAGUGGCUGAGCACGAGGGACUCUUUUUCUCACUUACUGGUGACCCGAGGCCUGCAGAUGUGAUUCUCACGGAAAUGAUUUGGGCGUCGUAUAAAGAAGAUACAGGAGAGAAGUUCGAGGAAACGAGGAAAAGAGUUUAUGAGUUUUAUACUAAAGGAGUGAAACACGGUGAUGAGAAGAAGAUGAAGGAGAGACUAGUUGAUUUCCUUGGAGAUACCAUCUUCAAUGGAGGUGCAAUUGCCACAGCUCAAGCAAGUUUAAAGUACGGUAACAAUGUUUGGCUCUACGUGUUUGACUACGUGAACCCCUCCGGAUUUGGUGGUCUUGAAGAGAUGAUGCCAUUUGUUGGGCCAACUCAUUGCACAGAUCUCCGUUAUGUUCUCGGAGAAGGACUAUACAGUGAAUUCAAGCCAGAUGAGGCGGAUUGGAAGAUGAUUGACAAAAUGACAACAAUGUAUACAAAUUUUGCAAAAUAUGGCAAUCCAAAUGGAAAAGGUCCCGUGGAAUGGGAACCAUACAGUUUGGAGACUCCUGAACGCCACUACCGUAUCGGAUACCCACGUGGUGAGAUGAGAGAUGAAUACCACAAAGGGAGAUGGGCAUUUAUGAAAGAAAUUAGAGAUAGCAACAAGAUUUUGGAGGAAGUUAUUUAUGGAAGAUGA